AUGUCUGAACCAGCACCUUAUGGUGGUUAUAUAGUUAAAUCAUUAGAAGAUGAGAAAUUAAAUGAACAAAAAUUAAAAGAUGAAUCAAUUGAAGUUAAUGUAGAUGGCGAAACUCAAAUAAUACGUCCAGAAUCAAUUUAUAUAAAAGGUGUAGAUUCUUUAUCAACUGAUGAAAUCAAAUCAUACAUUGAGUACUAUUUAAACUAUACAACCAAGACGGAAGAAGAAAAGAUAAUAUAUGAACAAAUUCCAUAUGAUCAACAAUUGACAUUUAAAGUUGAAUGGAUAGAUGAUUCAUCAAUAAAUAUAGUGUUUAAAACUAGUGAAGAUUCUAAAAGGGCAUUAAAAACAUUAACUGUACCUGAUAUAAAUAUAAACAAUGUUGAAGAGACUAUAUUUUUCCAAGCUGCUAAAUCUUAUAAACCAAUAAUUGAAUUUAGGAAACAACAAAGUUUAAGUAAUAGAUUAGGUUUAAAUAAUUCUGAAAAUGGGGAUACUCAGACCCUGGGUAUGGAUGAAGAUGAUACGGAUAUUGAAUUGCAAAUAAGACAAUCUUUUCAAUCAGAUAGAAAAAUUAAAAAUGCUUCUCAAUAUUCUCGAUAUUAUUUGAUACAUGGUGAACCAGAAAGAAAACCGAGAAAUAAUGGUAGAAGACAUUAUAAUAGGGAUAGAGGAGGUUCAUAUAGGCCAAAACUGAGAGGUACUGAAGUGGAUGAAGAUGAGGAUUUAUUUGCUGAUAAUUUGAAACGUAAAAAAAUGGACAUAGAUGAUGAAGAAGAAGAUUUAUUUGCUGAUAAAUUAAAAGCCAGAGAAAGAGAUCGAUCACCUACAAGGACUGUAAAUUUUGAUUCAUAUAGACAAAGAUAA